GCGGUAGUGCGUGCGGCUUGUAGUUGGCACUGUCCUGGUGAAUAGGAAGUGGGCUGUUCACUGUCUCAUUGAAACUCAUGACAGGAACUGCUCCAGCUUCGUGAGAUGGAAUUUAUAAUUCAACACGAAUGGAACAGCGUCCCCACAACACAUGAGCCAGUGACAAUCUGUUUGAAACCAGCUGCUGAAGGCUUGCAGAUGGAUGUGUCUGCUCCUUUUUUCAAUGACCCUUCUGCACCCUUAGGCCCAGCGGGAGAACCCUUCCAUGCACUUUGGGACUAUGAAGUUGUCGAAGCGUUUUUCCUAAAUUCUGAGAAGGAGCAGUAUCUAGAAGUCGAACUUGGCCCACACGGGCAUCAUUUGGUGCUACUUCUCUCACAUCGCAGAAAUAUUUGGAAGGAACGUCUGCCACUGUCCUUUCAAGCGUCCAUAUCACAGGAGACCUGGGAAGGCAGAGCGUGUAUACCUUGGGAGUACUUUCCCCCUUCAGUUGACCGAUUUAAUGCCUACGCAAUUCAUGGCUCUGGGCUGAAGAGAACGUACGAGGCACUUUAUCCUGUCCCUGAAAAGGAAGUACAAGAAGGCCAGCAACCUGACUUUCACCGGUUGGAGUAUUUCAGGCCUUUUAACUUCCGUGUGUUGAUGGGUGAAGAAUGGAAAGAGCCUGCGUCCAGCCUCUGGAAAAUGUAACUUGUUGUCACACCUACAGUACAUUUAUACUUUAAAUGUCUUCAAAUUAUUCAACUCGGGAUCCAUUUAAAUAUCAGCCUCUCCACCUGUAGAAAAACAACCACAUAUAUAAAUAUAUACACCUGAUAUCAUAUGUCACUAAUGUUUACUAUAUGGCAAUGCUCUUUUAUAUUGUUAGAUUCAAACCAGCACCUGGAUCUGAAUACUAUUGCAUGUAAUUAAAAAAUGAUAGCUACUGAGUUAUUCAAUGUAAUGUAGCUGUCUGGUUUGGAAGCCCACACUCAGUUCCAUACUUUAACUGCCAGUAGCUGCAGCCAAAAGGACACACCUUCUGAGAAAGGACACGCUCCCUAAGCUGCCAGCGAGAAAUAAAUCUAGCAGAAACAUUGGAGCAAUGAAUGGGGAGAUCUGUGGAUGCAUGUGAGGUGCAGGGCUGGUUCUAGCUUUGUUACAAAGAGGUUAUCAUAUACUAGAUUAUGGAUGAAUUUCAUUUUUUACAUUAAUCAUGGCAUAACUCCUUUAAAGGAACCGUGUUUCAAUAAAGACUACCAAUUUC